ACGGCCGCGAGUUUGCUGCAAAACUCGCUCAUGGCGUUUGCAUUCAGCUUCCAACUCCCAUCCAGCCGUUGAACACAGCGCAACCAUCAGCCACGACAUUACAGCUCGUGCAGUGGAAGAUUAACAUGAAUUACCGACGGGUCGCAUGCGGCCCCUCCCAAAACGGCCAACAGACGAGUUUAUUGGCAAACGCCGUCGCCGCUGGGCACCGUGAGCAAAAUGCAAUAGGUCUGAUGGUUCAAUCAGGGCCCGUAGCGCGGCAGACGGCUCGACAUUCUGAUGCGAAGAGUCAUGGUUUUCUGGGGCCUUUUCCGCAUUGCACAUCCAACGCUUUCGGUGUUCGCAGCUAUUUUCGUGAUCAAUUCUACGCCAACAAGACCCACAAAUUUCUUGGUUUGUCGUCGUGUACGCCCCAGGUCGUCGUGCACGUGAGUCGGAAAGCCCGAAAAGCGGUGUCGCUAAGUAAAGAGGCUGUGCCCGAUCUACCUCGCCACUUGACAACACAUCAACAGCUUCGCACGCUCGCCAUCACAGUCACUUUGAAAGAAACGCUGUUGUCGAGCAUGGCAAAAGACGGCCCUUCUUGCUCAUCUCAACAGUUUCAGUUGCGUCAUGUCGGGAUGGAGGGCCUUUAUUCUCUCCAACCCUCCAUCCAGGUCACACUCAAGCCACGACGCUCACUUGGCCCCUCCCUUGCACGGUCAUUCGUGCUUUGUCGAUGUGACGAAUUUCGCGACCGCAUAGCCCAAAGAUCACGUUACCUUGCAGCUGCGAAUCAGAAUCAUGUACUGGACUUGGACGUGAUCACGGAAAGCGGCCGGAUGCAGGGGGUAAGAGCCUUGUGUCCGUACCCGUGAACGUCUUCCCAAUUUUGAGUUCCCUGCCUAGAGCGAGCUGGAUUGUGCCAUUAUUACAGAGAUGUGCAUAUGAUG